AUGUCCGCCCCAGAUAAUCUUCCCUUGUCCGCUUCGUCCGGGGAGACCACAAUAGAAACCGCGGAGAGAAACGGGGAGCAGGACAGUGCCUCUCCCGGACGAUAUGAAAUUCGCGACCGCCCUGAAGUCCAUGAUACGAUGGAGGCCGCCGACGGGGAUCAGUCUUCGGCCAUGAAUAAUGAGCCAGCACCGCAGACGGGCUCUGGGGACGUCUCCAGCCGUCAUGGGCAACUGAAUCCUGAGGACCUCCGAAAACUCUCCAUCUCAUCGAAAAGACCGGAACCUCUGCACCUCCAAAACCACAUCGAUACUCCGCCUCCUCCGCCGAAGAAAGACGAGCCGUACAUUGACCCGACUCCCAAAACUCCGCAAGCACCGCGGUCCCCGGCGCCGGUAGCACCUGAACAUACGGAAAAGGAGCUCCCUGACGUACCGAAGGAUGGAGAGAAUGGCACUGCCCAGGAGGACGGGCAUGAAGGUCGAAAGAGCGAGGACGAACAGCCGGAAAUACAGAGCAUUAUGGAGCAGUUCGCCGAUGAAACAAAAGGCCCUAAGGAGAAGGAGAUCAUGUCUCCGCGUCUGGAGUUGGCGGAACAGUUUUUAAGUACGCAAAGCCAGUUCCCACCGCGAAGGUCAAGCCUGGAGCCUCUCAAAGGCACCGACAGCAGUAGGCAGGUUACCUCAUCUAAUAGAGCACAACAAUUACCCUCUCCUAUCGUCCCCCCGAAAACGGCUCAACCUGUCUCCAGAACUGAAGGACCGGCGACACCGCGAUCCUCCACUUCGUUGACAGCGCCGCCGCCGCCGCCUGAACCGGAGCCUGACCAACCAUUCGACUUCCAUCGAUUUCUCGAGCAACUUCGGCAUCGCACAGCAGAUCCCGUUGCCAAAUUUCUUCGAUCUUUUCUGAACGAGUUUGGUAAAAGGCAAUGGCUGGUGCAUGAGCAGGUCAAGAUCAUUAGCGACUUUUUGGCAUUCAUCACAAACAAGAUGGCUCAAUGCGAAGUCUGGAAGAAUGUGUCGGAUGCCGAGUUUGACAACGCCAAGGAAGGAAUGGAGAAACUAGUUAUGAACAGAUUAUACAACCAGACGUUUUCUCCUGCCAUCCCUCCUCCACCGACGAUACCGAGAACCGCCAGCAGGAGCAAGAGGCGCGAGUUGGAGAGACUACAUGGACCGGGGCGACGUGGUCAGCAUCAGGAAGACGUUGAACGCGACGAGAUCCUCGCCCAAAAGAUUCGAAUAUACAGUUGGGUACGGGAGGAGCAUUUGGACAUUCCACCAUUAGGACCCAACGGUCGUCGCUUUUUAAAUCUUGCACAACAAGAGCUGUUAAAGAUCAAAGGGUAUCGGGCUCCUCGAGAUAAGGUUAUUUGCAUACUGAACUGCUGCAAGGUUAUCAUUGGCUUGCUGAAGAAUUCGAAAAACGCCGACACAUCGGCAGAUUCAUUCAUGCCCCUUCUGAUAUACGUCGUAUUGCAAGCCAACCCGGAGCAUCUAGUCUCCAAUGUCCAGUACAUCCUUCGCUUUCGCAACCAAGAGAAGCUGGGAGGCGAAGCAGGCUAUUAUCUUUCUUCGUUGUCCGGAGCUAUUCAAUUUAUCGAGACGCUGGAUCGUACGAGCUUAACCGUGAGCGACGAGGAGUUUGAAAGGAACGUCGAGGCUGCAGUAUCAGCUAUCGCCGAAAGCAAUCGCCAGGCUGAAGCUGCGUCACGCGCCGCUGAACUCGACAAGCCUGCCCUUAGCUCAUCGGAAGUCACACCGCGCAAUUCUGGGGAAGGGGAACGUUAUCCUCGACGAAAGGAUGCAGCGACCUCGGGAGAGGAGGAUAAUGCGCCUGUGGCAGGUCUCUUGCGGACCAUCCAAAAACCGUUGUCUACAAUUGGGAGGAUUUUUUCCGACGAACCAGACUCUCCGCCAGAGCGAAGAGUUCAGCAACCUACCGGCCCACCGCCAGUCACGGCGUCUCGACCUUCCCCUGGACUGUAUCCGCCACCGGGUAGUUAUAGCGAAGAACGCAGGCUAGUAGAUCAAUCCAGGAGAUCGCCUGCGCCGCGACACGCUACCUCGUAUGAGGCUGAGGAGGCUGCUGCACGACAAGCGAGUGCGGAAGCAGCAGAAGCCCGGAGGAUACAGCGCGCGGAACAUAAUGAUGUGGUAGAAACACUAUCUAGUAUGUUCCCGAAUCUAGAUCGAGACGUGAUUGAUGACGUCGUUCGGAUGAAGGAGGGCAGAGUCGGGUUAGCGGUGGAUGCAUGUCUUGCUCUCAGCGCCGAGUAG